GCUGCGGCUCUGGUCCAGGUGGGUCCGGCUCUGUGGCCACCGUGGCCACCGAAAAUGGCUUCCGAAAACAGCAGGCAGAUCGCCAGCAGCCUGCAGGUCCUCUGGUGCAGGGAGGAAAAACAGAGUGGCGCAGAUCUGCGCUCAGCACAGCCGCAAAGUGCGCAGUUACCCGUGGAUUUGACCGGAGAUUCAGGUUUUCCUACCAGAAACCAGGAAGACGUUUCCUGUGAUGAAGAUGCACAAUCAGCUUUCAGCAGCAGUAACACCUGAACCAUGAGCUGGAUUUCUACCGACAUGGUUCCAUCAUGACCCAACAGCCAUCGGACCUCUGGUACUGCGAGGAUUGUCUGAAGUAUUUCCAGGAGGAGUGUCCGUCCCACGGGCCGCCGCUCUUCAUCCCCGAUUCGCCGGUGGCCCCUGGACCGGCCAACAGGGCGGCUCUCACGGUCCCGUCAGGCCUGGAGGUUGUCACCCAGGGGGGCCAGGUAGACGUUCGCUGCACGGAUGCAAUCUUCCCAAAGGGGGCGCUGUUUGGUCCGUAUCAGGGUGAGCUGGUUUCCAAGGAGGAACCAGCCAGCUCCUUCUCCUGGAUCAUUGUUGGUCUGAACAAUUCGUCUCAGUCCAUCGAUGGCGGCGAUGAGACCAAAGCCAACUGGAUGAGGUUUGUUCGGACCUCGUCAGAGGACAGCGACAGGAACCUGACGGCCUUCCAGCACAGCGGAAACAUCUACUUCAGAGUCUGCAGGAGGCUGGAGGCCGGAGAGAAGCUCAGGGUUUGGUACAGCGACGACUACAUCCAGAAACUUCAGUGCGUCUCUCAGGACAGCAUCAAUCGCAACCUGGACACAGGUUCUGAGACAUCAACAGUUCCCCAAAGCCUCCAUAAGGAGCUUCCAGCUCUCAAACUGUGCACCGGCAAGCAGUCCUGUGAAGAAACAGACGGUCAGCCUCCUGCCAAGAAGAAGAAGAUUGACCUGAUUUUCAAAGACGUUCUUGAAGCCUCUCUGGAGGACUGCACCAAGCCCAGGUCCGGUUCCAGCCCCACUGUUCCCGACUUAAAGGAGGAGAAGGCUGAGGACAACCUGACCAGCGGAGAACCCUCCACCUCCUUCUGCCCCAACUGCGUCAAACUGAAGAGGAGGAUUCUGGAGCUGGAGGAGGAGCUGUUUCAUCUCAGAAAGCAACAGGGGAACUCGGUUGGUCCAUCAGGUUCUGAACUCCAACCGGAUCCACCACAUCCCGAACAGGGUCCCAUUGAGGACUCUCAAGGGAUGGAACCAUUGACGCCCAGUCAGAUGGUACUGGAUGAAGAUGACCCGGAAGUGGACUCGGCUGACGAGUCGGUGUCAGCCGACCUGGUGAUUUCCCCAGAGGACUCGUCAAAGCCUUACUCUGGAUCAAGCAGACGAAUUCGCCGCUUCAAGCAGGAGUGGCUGAAGAAGUUCUGGUUCCUUCGGUACUCGCCGACCCUGAAUGAAAUGUGGUGCCAUGUCUGCCGCCAGUACACCGUCCAGUCGUCUCGAACGUCAGCCUUCAUCAUCGGCUCCAAGCAGUUCAAGAUUCACACCAUCAAGCUGCACAGCCAGAGCAACCUCCACAAAAAGUGUCUGCAGCUCUACAAGCUGCGGAUGCAUCCUGAGAAGACGGAGGAGAUGUGCAGGAACAUGACUCUGCUGUUCAACGCGGCGUACCACCUCGCUCUCGAGGGACGGGCCUUUUCCGACCUGCGUCCUCUGGCUGAACUACUGAAGAAGUGCGAACUCAAAAUCGUAGAUCAGUACAUGAAUGAGGGCGACUGUCAGAUUUUGGUCCGCCACAUCGCUCGAGCUCUGAAGGAAGAGUUGGCUGAGAAGAUGCGUCUCUCUCCUUUUCUGAGCGUCAUUAUGGAUGCUCAAAACGACGACCUGUUCUCAGAUUUGGUGGCCGUUUAUGUCCAGUUCACAACCAGUGACAGUUCCCCACAGAUGGAGUUCCUGUCCUUAGAGAGAGUGAGCAUGCCGAACGUGGAUGGGUACCUGCAGCUUCUGGAUCGGGCCUUCAGCGUUCUCGGGCUCAGGUUUCAGGACUUGCUGGUUGUAGGUCUUGGAGUGGAUGGCACCAACAUCUCCUCAGGGAUCAGAGGAAGCCUGUAUAUAUCUGUCCAAAAGACUUUUCCUUGGAUCCUCUGUCUUCCCAUAUUAAUCCACCGGCCUCAUCUGGAGGUGCUGGACGCCAUCAGUGGGAAGGAGCUCUCCUGUCUUGAGGAUCUGGAGAACAACCUGAAGCAGCUCCUCAGUUUCUACCGCUACUCUCCACGCAUGAUGGCCGAGCUGCGAUCCACCGCUCCGACUCUUUCCGAGGAGACGGAGUUUCUGGGUGACAUCAGAGCCGUACGAUGGAUCAUAGGAGAACCAAACGUUCUGAAUGCACUCAUCAAGGAUUACCUGGAGGUUUUGGCACACCUGAAGGAGAUCAGCAGCCAAACGCAGAGGGCAGACGCUGCAGCCAUAGCCCUCACACUCCUCCAGUUCCUCAUGGACUAUCAGUCUGUGAAACUCAUCUACUUCUUGCUGGACAUCAUCGCUGUUCUCUCGCGACUGGCCCUCACCUUCCAGGGGGAGCACCUGCUGGUGUCGCAGGUGGAAGCCAGGCUAGAGGAGGCGAUUCAGGAAAUCGGCCAGCUGGUGGAUUGUCCUGGUGAAUAUCUGCAGGAGUUUGAGGAAAACUUCAGGGAAAGCUUCAAUGGUGUCGCUUUGAAGAACCUUCGUGUUGCAGAGUCCAAGUUUCAGUCCAUCCGGAAAAAGAUCUGCAGCAGAAGUCAGGGGAUCCUGUCACAAAGGCUGGACCUGCAGAGCCGCUCCUUCACCAAAGCCUGCAAGGUGCUGGACCUGGACAGCUGGCCCGGCAACCGCGAAGACCUGAAGACGUUCGGUGAGGAGGAAAUCCAGCUCAUAUUCAACCACCUGGACUCCAUUCCUUCUGCAGGUCAGGAGGACUGGACGGAGACCAGGAGCAGCCUGCUGGUGGAGUGGAAGGAGCUGAAGGUGGACUACUUCAGCACGAACAGCUUCAAAGACAUUCUGAUUCACAUCUGCAGGUACAAGCAGCGUUUCCCGCUGCUGAACCAGAUCUUGCAGGUCGUCAGGGUCCUGCCCAGCUCGACGGCCUGCUGCGAUAAAGGAAGAGGCGCUCUGCAGAGGAUUUGUAAGAACAACCGUUCCCGGCUCACCCUGGACCAGAUGAACGACCUGCUCACCGUGGCCGUCAACGGACCGCCCGUCGCAAACUUUGACGCUAAGCGAGCGCUGGACGGCUGGUUUGAGGAGAAGUCCGGGAGCAGCUACUCUCUGUCGGCCGAGGUGUUGACCAGGAUGUCGGACGCUGAUCCAAAGUCAGGCCUGCACGGCGGUGACAUCAACGCAGAAUAUCUAUAGUAACUGGAAGAAACGAGGCGGAAAACCUUUAUGCACUGGAAAGUGAUGACAGGAAAAUAAUUUAUUACAGACGGAUUGGGAAGGAGGUUCGAUCUAAAACAGCUGUGAAAGAUGUUAAGGUUCUAAUUAGGGAUACAAAUUAUCGACUUCUGAGUUAAUAUAAAGUUGAUUGAUUUUAUCUAUCAACUUAUGAUUAAUUGUUUUCAUUCCAGGUCCAACAUCCCAUUUCAAUGGAUUUUUUUCUUUUUUUGUAAAAAGAAAUGACAAAUCACAGAUAAAACAGUUGUAACAUUCUCAUAAUAUUACAACUGAAUUCUGCUAAUAUUAUGACUUUAUUCUCAUAAUUUCAUCAAACAAAAUAUUUGACCUGAAUUCAAAGUCCAAAUAAAUAGAAGCUGUAAAACAAACAACAACAAAAAUGGCGGCUCACUAAUUAUGAAAACAAAAAUUAAAUCUUCAAAAACCAAAAAUAAUGAAUGCAAUCGAUUCAUCGACCAUCCCUGCCUGGAGGCAGCUGUAGAUUCUCCUGCGUCCUUUUCUGGAUCCUUCUUUGCGUCUUACUGUGGAUUUUCUUUGGGGGUUUUUUCCCAUUGCUUCCUCCUGUUGGUUCUCCUUUGGAUUCUGCUCCGUUUUCUGGAUCCUCCGUUUUCUGGAUCCUCCUGUGGAUCGCUGAAGUUGUGCUCCGAGCUGCACGUGUUGGCAGAAGAAGACGGUCACCAGGAGGAACAAUGGGUUGGUGUCAGAGUGAAUGUCUGUCUCUGUUUCAGCUGAUUUAACAGCAGGACGCUCAGUCUCAGUGCCUGACAAUAACACAGUGUAUGGAUGUGUAAAGGCUUUAUAAUUCUGUAUAGAAACAGUGCAAAUGCUGCAGUGUCUCGAUUUAAAGAGAGUAUUUUUCUCUGCUAUGUAAAGAUUGUCAAACUGAAUGAAUGCUAAAGCUGCUCUGGGUGUUUUUUCUUCUGCUUCUCUCCACAUUUGUUAGAAUUUUCACAGCAGUGAAUGAUUUGAAUUUCCCUUUCAGUGAUGCAAAGGCUUCCCAGCUGCAUGAUCGACAUGUUUAAUGCAUUAACGAAUGUUACAAUAGAGGGUUUAUUUUUCAUUAAAUAUCAGUGAUUUCUUCUGGUCAAAUAAAUGAAUAGCUUUCAUUCUGAAGGUUUUCCAGAUGUGAAGCGUUAUUUG